AUGCAUACGAUUCAUUGCUAUUCAGAUCUACACAGUAAAUUAUUCCAGUAUGUGCUCGUUUUCUUCAUCUAUAUUGUAGUUCGGCGUACUUGGUUUGCACACCACGUUACGUCUUUCCUUAUAGAAGAGAACCGUACUUGGUUUGCACACCACGUUAAGUCUUUCCUUAUAGAAGAGAACCGUACUUGGUUUGCACACCACGUUAAGUCUUUCCUUAUAGAAGAGAACCGUACUUGGUUUGCACACCACGUUACGUCUUUCCUUAUAGAAGAGAACCGUACUUGGUUUGCACACCACGUUAAGUCUUUCCUUAUAGAAGAGAACACGUAA